AUGCACACUCAGGAAGGCACGAGUGCACAAAAGGCACAGUCUUCACUUGCACCACCCGCAAGUAUGGUUACUGUAACUAAGCGCAUACUCACGCAUGUAUAUCCGGAGACCAUAUGGCCUCCUUCCACCAGAUGUGCAAAUACUGCGCUGCCUUCUGAUAAAUAUGGCCAAAUUGGAGCUACCAACAAACCCCUGAGUGCGCAUCUCCACACUUACGCCCUGCCGUCUAGACGGUGCAGAAUUGAUUAUUCCAGACAGGACCCGUACGGCCGGGUUCAAGGCAGACAAACGAAGUUUGCACGGGCUAGCUUCAAAGAACUGGAAGGAGAGAAGCAAAUAAGGGUAGAAGAGAUUCCACAACCAAAGCAGCUUGAUGUAUCUGCAGGCUUCAUUAACAUUGGUGAUGCGCGUACGCUAGCAGGCAUUCAUUUGCGCGUCCUCUUGGACAUGCUCAGGAAGACCGACCGAGCUUGUGAACUCGACUACAGCCCGGACUUGAUAGGCCCACAAAAACGUCUAAGCAGAGAGACAAACAUGCAUCAGUCACUAGGUUAGUGUUCAGCCACCAGUCCGCGUUCUGUAGAGACAGCCAAGCAAAUGGAACAUCGAUACACGGUGCACUUAAAGACGGCUGGUACCAUCGUGGAGGCAGUGGCAGAAGUUAAAAAUGUAGCCGAAGAUGAGGAUGAGGAUAAAGAGGCCAGAGAUGCCUCAGUCGAGGGGCCAAGAUUUGAUUCAUGUUUCGCCAUCGCCGUCACUGUCGCCGUCACCACCACCUCUUCCGACUUGCUUACAGGCUUUGGGGACAGAUUAGUGGUCGAAUCAUCUUGCUUCGACUCUGCAACCGCCGACUGUACUUUUGGCAAUUUCCGCUUGCCGCUGCCAACACAAAUAGUGCUACAGGUCAACCCAGAAUUCGCUGCAGCGUCUGUCUCCAUUUUAUCGAUCUCCUCAUCUUCAGCUUCUUGA